UCGUGUGUGGGGUUCAAAGUUACUACCGACUGGCGUUCGUUGAUAGGAACAGGCAUUUUUUCUCUCUUUAUUAUGGGAGUUCAGUUUUAAAGUUGAAUGAUACUUGAAUGUUGAAAGCUAUGACGGCUACUAGCUACGGCUGGCGGGCGUGUGUAGAGGCAAAAGCUGUCGAAGGAUACAUAUGAAAAAUAAAAAAAUUCACAGGAUAACAGUGAAAGGUGCCAGGAGCUGUGCUUCAAGUCUGUUUUGAGUGCGAUAGGGCGGUGGGUCGGUGUGCUGUUAACAAGGUCAGGAGAUCAAAUGCGACAGAAGAAGAUAAAAAUCAUCUGCUGGGACUCCGCGGCAGUGGGCGGAACCAGGCGCCAUUGCAAGUAGGGAGUGUGAGCGUGGGUGGAGGGACUAAACAGUCGUUUUCGGCACGAGUGAAUAAAGCAAUUAUUAUGCGCUUUUUCUCUACCGGGUGGCAAAUCAAGAAUAAAUGAUGAUGAUGUGUGACGUGAUUUGAAACAUGGUGAACGUUCGUAGCAAGAAGCUGAGAAAUGUAAUUGCAUUUCCGUCAUUUGGAAUCCAUUGAGGCUCGGCACCGGAUGUAAGAACAACUCACCACCCUCUCGCAUGAGUGGUGUUUACUCGAUGAAUGUGGGUUAUAAAAUUUACAUAAUUGCAACCCCCAAGUGUUGGUAGCGGAAGGAUAUGCAUGAAAGAAAAAAAAUGCUGUGAAUACCAAGAAUUCAAACCACAUUGAGGGCGAGAAUGUAAUUACGUAAAAAAAAACUGGUGAAUUACACGAAUGGUGGUUUGCUUACGUGAGUGAUAUCAAGAAGUGUUCACCCGAUGAAAAUAAGUCCCACAUUGCUACUUGUCGUGAAACUUCAAUAGGAUUGGAUUAAAGUGAUUCUGAGCGGGGGAGAAGUAGACAGAAGAAAACGUGGAUGCUGCUAGGAUCGACAUACAGAACAAACAUACACAAUUGAUAUUCAUUAGAGUGCUUUCGACGGGACGAUAUCGACAAGGAGGAUGAGAUUGCCGUUCGGCUCGGUUGUGUUUUGCCGGUAAUAUAUUGCAGAAAGCAUUCCUAGGAGCAAGAAUCACAUUCAGAAAGCGAGAGAAGCAAUUUGUUCUACUGCUGCUGCUGCACAGUUUGCACACAUGGUUGGUGAUUAGAAUGGUGUUAAACAGCCGGAAGCGAUUUAUCUGCACAAUGCAGAACUGUGCCAUUUGCAGUGGUGUUGAGUGAUUAUGAGUAAAUAGAGCAGUGAACAGUAAAUGUGGUGGUGAAGGGUGGAGUAAUUUCUAGAAAAAAAGGAUUGCACAAAGGAAGAAGCAAAAUGAGUCAUCAAGGAGCCAACACUAAUCGAGGAUUCAUAUACUGUGGAUUAAUUUUGGCAUCGCUGAGCAGUUGCUCGGCAACGAGGAUAUUCGACAUCGAAAGCAUACCUUUGGUGAAGUAUGUUGCGGUGGCUGGUCGGAACGUCACGAUGAGCUGCCCGGGAGUGAACGAACACUCGCUGGUGGACACACUCACGUGGAAGUCCAGCAGCACGGUAGCCGAGUUUGUCAACGGACUACCACUAGCCAGUAAUAAUAGGAUAACAUUGCUACCUGAUAAUUUUAGUCUCCACAUAAGUCCAACUGUCGCCUCGGAUACGGCCGAGUACAGCUGCCUGGUGAACGACCGCCACAGCCCCGAAGCCAUCGUGGAUCUGCUAGUUCAAGACGUACCGGAUCCACCGGGGCGACCACUGGUUGUCAGCUUCACGUCACGCUCGGUGCAUCUGUCCUGGGCUCACUCGCAGGAUCCCCGCAAUGCACCCGUGACGAAUUUUAUCAUCGAAUCGAGGGUUGGCGAGAACGGUGGCUGGGAUCUGGUGCCGCCGAUUCGAACGAAAAACAAUGUCACUUCGCACCAGGUGGGUGGUCUGCUGCCCUUCACGGUGUACAGCUUUCGAGUGAUUGCAAUAAACGAGCUGGGUAUAAGUCCGCCGUCCAAGGAAUCGUACUACUUCGUCACACUCCGAGAAGCGCCAACGGGCAAACCGGUGACGACAAUCGCCCACAACACCAGCGCCAGCUCGCUGUACAUCUCGUGGAAACCCCCACCGCCGGACACGAUCCUGGGCGAGUUCCUUGGCUACCGGAUCACGUACCGCAAGCGGGAUCCCAAUUCGGAGGAUGUCAAGGAAAUUUACAUCCGUGACAGUUCCGUGGAGAGCCAUGAAAUCCACAACCUGCAAACCUACACACAGUAUCUGGUUUCAAUCCAGGUAUUCAACCCGGAAGGCUUAGGUCCACCUACAACCGUGCUUGUCAUGACCGACGAAGGAGUUCCAAGUAAACCUCGCAAUCUGAGCAUUCUGGAGAUAACUUCAACCACUAUCCGAAUCAGCUGGCAGGAACCAGAGCGCAAAAAUGGCGUAAUCCAUGGAUACCGAGUGUACUAUGUGUAUCAGAAUCAAACCCUUCUGCAUCUUCCCAUUCUGAAAAGUGAUGCCAUUCAGAACUUGAUCUACUACUACACAUUGUCCAGCUUGAAACCUUUCACCGAUUAUCGACUUAUUGUUGCCGCCUUUACCAUGAAGUACGACGGUGAAACUACAGAGGUUUCAGUUAGGACAGACAUUUCCGGUCCCAGUGCGCCCAAAUUUGUAAAUUUGACCUGCUAUUCGGAAGAUGCUUUGUUCCUAGCGUGGCGAAUACCACAGCAUUUUUAUAACUCGGUAAAUCACUACAUAGUUAGCUACCGAAACAUGGAUUACACGAGGUCACGGGAGAUCAGAAUUUCCGCAAAUGCAUCCAUCCUGGAGACUUCAGUUGUGCUGCAGAAUCUCACUACGGACGCCAGCUACGAGCUUAAGGUACGAGCCGCUUCCAUUAGCGUGAUCAACCCAAAUAAGGUCAUCCUGGGCCCGUACUCGGAGUUACGAAAGAUAACUCUCAAAGCAAAUUGCGAUCAGCACCCACCGCCAUCUUUGUACCAUCCCUACGCAGACUACGAUCUGAUAGUUCUCGCUGGAGCAGUUAUUUGCUGCUUUGGGUUGCUCCUGGUCAUCCUGGCCAUAGUGCUCUGGAAAAAAUGCUUCAACACAACAUACACUAACGAAGCGGAUGUAGUGCAUGCGGAUCAGAAGCAACAGCAGCAGACGCAAAUCGACUGGAAGGCCACCUGCGACACCAACGGAGUAAUCCAGACCACCGUCCCUGUCACGAAGAUCAUGCAGAAUGGCAACCACAGGCAUCUGACGAUCGAUGGCGACUGAUAAAAGGUGAUCGAAGCCGGAAGCUGCCACCGCGAUGGUGUCCAGCACCACUGGCAGCAGACACAAAUCGAGAAGCGAGUUUCACCCACCACCAUCCCCGUCACCAAUUACGGAUCGCCGGCGAGGCAGUUCUCAAGAACUACCAUGCUCUACAUCCCCGAUCUGGAGGUGGUGAUCAAUCCGGAAGCUUGAAGACUGUUUUGCGGGGAUGCACAAUCCGUGGGUUAACGGGCGCAGCUUGUACAGUUAGUGAAUUUAAUUGGUAUUUUAAGCACACAUACACGUUCCGAUGAAAGAGAGAGAGAGGCGAAUAUGUAACUGAUAACAGGUAGAACGGAACACCGCAUGCUAGGAGUGAUGAUUAUGGGUUGAACAUGUGUUUAUUUUAAAACAGCCGUUCGAGUACAAGGCUUCGAAGAGCGGAAAACUGUGACAAAGUAUGCUUCAGGCUUGUGUAAAAUAUAGUAUUUUAAAAAAUCAGCGAAUAGCAAAUUCGCCAGGAAGGUUCUUGCCAAUAACUUUUCAUUUUUAAAAAACGACAAACGGUGUUAAAAAAACUCCCAGAAAGAGAGAGAAAAAGGAAGAUGUGUGAUAUUUUUAUACAUAUUUUCGGGACGUUCGAAAGAAACUAUGAAACGAGACUAGAGUGGAAAUAAAUUUUAAACAAUUGAAAACAAUAA